AUGCUCGAAAAAGUCUCCCUCGAAGAAGCCUACGAGAUCCCCUCCAGGGCCGACCAAAGCCGCGACCAAGCAGUCCUCUACAUUGCACCCCCGGAUCUCGACCGCUACCUCCGCCAAAUCAAGUCCCUGACCGACGAGCGCCUCCAGGUCUCCGACGCCCACGGUAUCGGGUACACCAUCGUGUCCCUCACGGUCCCGGGAAUUCAAGGCAUCACAGACCCCCAAACCGCCGAACACCAUGCCACCGAAGUGAACAACUACGUCGCCCACGAGAUCCGAGACCACCGCCAUAAGCUCGGCGCUUUCGCCGCGCUCUCCAUGCACGACCCGGCACAAGCCGGACGCAAACUCCGUCGCUGCGUCCAGGAUCUCGGAUUCCACGGCGCCUUGCUAAACGACCCCGCCUACGACACCUUCUGGGCCGUCGUUGUCGAGCUCGAUGUCCCCGUGUACAUCCAUCCCGCGGCGCCGCAAGGCGAAUACUACCGGCAGCAGUAUGCGGGGCGGAAAUACCUCGUCGGACCGCCGUUGAGUUUCGCCAACGGCGUCUCGCUGCACCUCCUCGGUCUUAUCACGAACGGGGUCUUUGACCGUUUCCCCACCCUCAAGGUCAUCGUGGGUCAUCUGGGAGAACACAUCCCGUUCGACUUCUGGCGGAUCAACCACUGGCUUGAGGACGUGGAACGGCCGCUCGCGACCAAGGCCGGCGACGUGAUGAGCAAGCGUGCUAUCUAUCAUUACUUCCAGACGAAUGUCUGGGUAACGACCAGCGGGCACUUCUCGACGCCGACGCUGAAGUACGUGUGUGAUUACCUCGGGCCUGAAAGGAUCUUGUUCAGUGUGGAUUAUCCGUACGAGACGAUCGAGAAUGGCUGUGGCUGGUGGGACGGCGAGAAGGAGGAGACUGAGAAAGCGAGCCUUAUCGAUAAGACGAUAAGCCUAGCCGAUGCCGGCGAUAUCCUUAUCUAUGCGCGGGGAUGCGGGCAGUACAGUUACUACUGUGAGAAGAUCUCCUGCCAAUUGGCACAGCCGUCUGCAGGACUCGUGGUUGGAUACAUCAUCCACAGGGCGCAUGGCGAAGUGGUGGUGGUCACUCGGCGGAACCGAUCCGCGGAGCAACAGCCUCUUAGUCCCUAG